ACCACAUUUCUGCGGUUGGCUAACGUGCGCCACCCUGGGCCUUUCAUUGAAUUUGUCAGCACGGACGGCUGCCUGAGGGCUAACUAUUGACGUUGACGGUUGACCAGCCAGUACAACCUCGGCUCAUUUUAGACUUAAUCAGUUAAUCCUUAAUGCAAAAACACAGAUCACAGUAAAUCAACGGUUUUAUGAAUGAAAUGAGGGGUAGUUAAAGACAGCAUCUUUCAAUUGUCUGCUGGAACUGGAUCAUCUUUGAUUUCUCUUCCUUCUUUAAAACUUGGCAAUAUCCAUCAAGGAUUUCUCUCAGGUUUUCAAGAUUAAGGAAUUGAGCAAUAGGAAUGGAUGACUACUUUAUUGACAAUACAUACGCUGACAAUCCAGAAUCUGACAAAAGACAUGAAGGAAACUCAUUCCAAGGGGGAGGCAUGAGGGAUAUAGAAAAUGUCAUGGAAAUUUUAACCAGAACAGCCUUGGACCUGGCAUAUUCUUCUGAGAAAUUGGUAUAUUUGCACGUCCUUGUAAUUCAUCUAUUGGCUUGGGAUAUUGAUCUUGAGGUAAUUGCCGCAGAAAAUAGCUAUAUCUCAGCAACAUCUGCUGAGAAGGCACUGGUGUUUGAUCUUCUAUCUGUUAUUUUGGAUUCUGAGGUUAGAGAGGUGGAGAAUUUCAUGGAUAAUAUCCAAGCAGAUAUUGUUGAUGCUCGUCAUAAAAUAUUUUCAUGCAGACACUCAACAGAACUAGUCAGAAGCAUGGAAGAGAAAUUGCAUGAUUCUGAGGAAUCAUUGAAGAAAACUCGAGAGAAGUUUGUAGAGGUGAAGUUGCAGUCAGUCAAGUUGCAGAGGGCCUCUACAGCUUUCAGAAUUGAGAACUGGAAAGAGGAUAAGUCCAUGAGGUUUUCAGCCAAUGGUCAACUGUCAAAUGUUGAUGCAAAUUCAAAAAGGCAGACAGCUGAACCAAAAAGAAAUAUACUAAGAAUGUUGGAGAAGUCUCUUGCACGAGAACUAGAUCUUGAGAAGAAAUUGUCUGAACUAAGCAAGAAUGAAGAACAGCUGAAAUUAAAGCUACACUACACAGAACAAGUAACAUUUCGCAUGGAGGAAGCUGCAGAAGUGGUUUGGGGAAGGUUUUUAGAGGCAGAAAAUUCUGCUGAGGUGCUCAUGGGGAUUGCAAAGGAAUUGGUUGGUCGACUUCAGAUUGUUCAAUUUAAUGUGAAUGGUUCACUCCAACGAGAAGCUGAAUUAAAAUCUGAACUCCUAUAUUGCAGAAGACAGCUAGAUGCCAAAGAUACUGCAUUGAGGAAGCUUGAGAGUAGCAUUGCAGAACAUGUAACCAAAAGCUCAGAAGUGCCCCCUUUGAUGGAAAAAGUAAAGUCACUAGAGGAACAGCUGAAAAGAUCUGAAUUACGUCUAAAGCAUUCAAAUGCUUUGAAUGAAGAAAUUCAUGAACAACUUAGUGAGAUGGAAAUUAUAGCCGAGUCUUUGAAAGAAAACAUCUUUGAAGCAGAAAGUAGGGCUGAAACUGCAGAGGCUAAAGUUACACAAAUAACAGAUACAAAUUUGGAACUCACAGAAGAAAUUAAUUUUCUUAAAAGUCACAGAGAUAGUAAUAGCGAAAAGGUGAGCUUGCUUGAGAAGCAGGUAAGGGAAUUGGAAAUCCAACUACAGCAUUCAAAGAUAUCAUCUGAAGUAAGUCAGGAGCAACAAAAUAUGCUAUAUUCUGCAAUAUGGGAUAUGGAAACGUUGAUUGAAGAUCUAAAAUCGAAAGUAUCCAAAGCUGAAAGUAAGACUGAGAGUGCAGAGGAGCAUUGCAUGAUAUUAUCUGAAACAAAUAUGGAACUUAGUAAAGAAAUAAGUUUCUUAAGGUCUAGAGAGAAAGGCUUAGAGGCUUCUUUGAAUCAAGUUAACAGCUCAAACGCAGCAAAUGCAAAAGAAAUCAAUCUGAGGACCAGGCUUAUCAUGGAUACACUAAGGGAACUAAGCAGAGAAAGGAAGCGCAUCCAGAAUCAGCUAUUUUCUUUGAUGAGGGAGAACAAAAUAUUGGUGGAAAAAUUAAGAAAUGCCAAAAGCAAUGCUCCUAUAAAUGUAUGCAAAGAUGGAGAUGUUGAUAAAAAGGUUCUCUUUUCCGAAAGCAACUUAUCUAAUGAAACUCUUGGAAAAGCUUCUGAGGAAGCGAUGUUAUCUAAAAGUUCUCAGGCAGGUGGAUAAGGUAUUUGAAGAUGCAAGUCCGCAUGAGAUUGAAGUGGGGAGUUCUCAUCCCGCACAUGAAAGUUCUGACUUGGUUUCAAAGCUUCAAGUGAAGAGGACAAAGCUGGCAGGGCAAACUAACAGGUUGCUUAAUUUCAAAGCAAUUCUUGUUGCAGUAAUUGCAGUGAUGGUCAUGUACUUGUUACACAAGAAGAAAUAUGUCCCAUUUGAGAACUUCUGAUGGCUGACUUUCAUAGUGAAAUUAUGACCAUAAAGACCACAUUCUAGCAGCUCCCACUGUAUUACAUGUUGUAAUAGUUUGUUGUAACUGUGUCUGUGUGUCAUAGUUGAAUAUAAUUGUUCUUUUUUCUUCCCUUUUCUUUUCUUAUCAGUGCCAUCCAUGGCAAAAUGUGAAUCUUUGUAAUGAGACGCUAUUCAUUAUCAAUUCUUUGAAAUUUUUUUUUCCUUUUUCUAAA